CAGAGAGGCCCGGGACGGCGGAGCGGCGGAGCGGCAGCAGCGCGGAGGCGGCGGGGGCCCGGGGGCCGCUGCGCGGCGGCACAGGCACCGGCGGCAGCAGGGGCCGCCCGCCACCGCAUGCCCGGGCGGGCGGAGGCGUCGCCGUCCAUGCGGGGCGGCGGGGCGUGAGGCGGCGGCAUGAGCCAGAGCGAGGUGUCGCCGUGCGCGGCGCCGCCGCCCAGCCAGCGCGUCUUCCAGGAGGCGGUGCGGCGGGGCAACACCAAGGAGCUGCAGUCCCUGCUGCAGAACAUGACGAACUGCGAGUUCAACGUCAACUCCUUCGGGCCCGAGGGGCAGACGGCGCUGCACCAGUCCGUCAUCGACGGCAACCUGGAGCUGGUCAAGCUCCUGGUCAAGUUCGGCGCCGACAUCCGCCUGGCCAACCGGGACGGCUGGAGCGCCCUGCACAUCGCCGCCUUCGGGGGCCACCAGGACAUCGUCCUCUACCUGAUCACCAAGGCCAAAUACUCCGCCGGAGCCCGGUGAUGCCGGGGCCGCCCCCGUCCCCCCCGCUCCCCGGCCGCCAAAGCUGCUCCCACCCCCGCGAGGGGUUUAUUUGGCGAAGAUUUGGGGCCCCACGCAAAACACGCCACCGUUCGCCUGCUUUUAAAUUUAUUUUUUUUGUCUCCUUCCAAGGGUUGUUUUCCUACUGUAAUAUGUUGGUUUGGUUUUGGUUUUGGUUUGGUUUGGGGUUUUUUUGGUUUUUGUUUUUGUUUUUUUUUUUUCCUCCAUCUACCUCGGCUGCACUCACAGUAUUCACGGUUUCAGUUUGACAUCUGGUCAGAUGCUUUAAAGGCCCCCCCCCGUCCCCUCCCCGCUAAUAUUUAAUCCUCGCCCCCCUCCGCCCCCCUGUCCCUCCGACUUAAAGUAUUCUGGCUCAGAAAGGAAUUCAUUUCAACGCUCCCCCAAAACCAACCCACCCGCCCGGCCCCCGCCGGAGCGAAGAGCGGUGCCAGCCCCGGGCUCCGGGAGCGAUGCCCCGGGAGGGGCUGGGGCUGCCCGCGGCCCCUUCCCCGGCGAGGAAGAGCAGGAAAGUCUUCCUCUUCCUGCAAGCUUCUCCCCGUCUUUUCCCACCGCUGAUUUUUCUUCCCUCCCCACUUCCCCGCCCCCGCCCCCCCCCCCCCCGAGGCGACUCCGUUGGAAUAUGACAGACACGGUUUUCUCACCCCGAUUGCUCCCCUUUUUUUUUUUUUGGUUUUUUGGGGGUUUUUUGUUUUAUUUUGCGUUGGGUUUUCUGCUUUGGUUUUCUUUUUUGGGUGUCUGAAGAAAGUCUGCGUCCUCACCCGCUCCUUGAAUCCGUUUAGCACGCGUGAGAUCCCAGGAAAAGACAUUGAAUCCUUCUGGUUUUGUGUGUAAAGGGGGAUUAGCAAAUCCUGGACUUUUUUUUUUCUUUAAAAAAAAAAAGUGAAAUAAACUCUAGAGGCAGAGGAUUUGCUUUUGCACAGAAAAGGGGCGCGAGCGCUCUCUGCUGCCUAGAGAGAUGCCGGAAAACUACUGAAAAUAGUUUGGGAACUUUUUUUUUCUUUUGGUGAAACUUGGAUAACACUUCUCAAUGCAGAACGAUUCAUUUGACGUAUGUAGAUUCACCCGCCUUUUAUAUUAUAUAUAUAUACCUAAAUAUAUAUAUUUAUAAAAGAAAGGGAGGAAGAAGAGAAAGCCACCCGAAGUCGCAUUUUGAAGUGACUGCACGUAUAAUCGCAAAUGCUGCUUUUUAUUGCUAUGGCACAAGAACAUCCAUUUGGAAAAUGCGGAAAAUUUCAGAAGUCUCCUUUCUCCCGCUGGUCUUUCAGCCCUCUUCUCUUCGUCUGCACUAAACCAUCCAUAUCACUGCCAUCUCCCCGCUCUUUCUUCUCUUGCUCCCUGCAUCCAAACCAUUACAAUUAAAAGAAAAAGAAAAUAGUUACCUGCUGGUUUAUUUGGGUUGUGUCCUAACUAUUUAUCAUGUAUGUAUAUAUUUGUGGGUGAAGAUUGUGAGCCUGGUUUUGUUUGAAGAUGGUGGUGAGUGUUUCAAAAAUAUGGUUUGGGAAAUAUGCUUUUUUUUUCCCUUAGUCUUAAAACUAAAAAAAAAACUUGAGUCUGCCAUGAUUAUUUCCCAUUGCACUGAAUAUUCUGCUCUGUCUCUGAUGGUUUCACCUGCAGUUUGGUUUUGGUUUUCUCCACUUCAGCAAUUUGAGAUGAUUUUAAAAAGCUCCAGAUUUAAAGAAGAAAAUGGAAAAAAAAAGCCCCGUCGAAAGCAUCUACUGUUAAUGCUGUAAUUUGCAAGGAACUGCUUGGCCGAAGUCUUUCUGUGAGCAUGGAAGGGGGUGUCCAGCACUUCCACUGGUGCUUCUGUGCGAUAGUUACGGGGUGGGAACAAGAUCUUUUCUAGCGAGGUUUUGUCGUCGUUACCAGAUGGUUGCACAUUUAUUUUUUUUUUUUUGACUAAAUGGAUUUGCCACAAUGAAAUGUCAUAACAUUUAUGACAUGAUAUUAAGAAGUGUAUUGUAAAGCCAAGUUCUAGAUGGAUUUUUAAAAAGAAAUCUUGGUUAUAAACCCAGUCUAAAGGGAGCUCUGUCCAGUGUUGUAAAGACAACAUGAUGUAACCCAUAUUUAUAUUUUUAUAAAAUACCUAUUAAGACUGUGAAUCUCCUGUGUGAAUUGCUGGGUGAGUUGUUU